GUUUUUUUCCAGUUCCCUGGAUUCCGCUGACUGUGUGUCAAAGCAGACAAGCAGCCAGCCUCUAAGUGAAACAGCUGUCAGAGAAAAAGUGACUGAUCUCAGUGAAUCAGAUUGCCCAGACCUAGAAGGCAAGAAGCUGGUAGAUACACAGGCAGCACAUAAUUCAAGUGGUGAGAGUCCAGAUGAUGUGACUGUGUUUGCUGGUGAAGAGCCUCAGUUUGUUAGGACCGGCACAUUCACAAGGACCAUUUCACCACCCACUCUGGGGACACUAAGAAGUUGCUUCAGUUGGUCUGGAAGUCUCAGAGAGUUUUCAAACUCUCUGAGAACCUCUCCAAAGCCAAGCACAAUGUCACAGCAGUUCCAAAGAAAAAGCGGUUCCCCUUCCUCUCUGCCUGAAGACACUAAUAUGUCUGAUAUGUCUCAGUCAAAGAGUGAUGAGUCAGGUGAUGAAGCUCAGCCCUUACGUGAAAUGGAUUUGUCCUCACAGUCUCAGAAAAGUAUGGAAUUCUCACCACACAGUUUAAAUGCAUCAGAACUUUCUCAGCCUUCUAGUAAGGAUUCCGAUUCAGAGGAGUCUGAUUGUAAUAAUAAGUCACUUCAUAAUCAAGGUAAUCAGAACUCCAAGCAACAUUUAUCUCAUUUUUCAAGGAAAGAGACACUUCUAAGGAAUAAGGUUCCUGGGCUAAGUAAAUCUAGUUCUGUGGACUGUCUUUCUGCCACCAAGAUCAAAGCUCUGGUUCCUGCCAGAGUCAGUGGGCUGAGCAGGAAGCCAGCAAGCAUCCAGAGGAGAAAUCAUCGCAAUGCCGAGAACAAGCCAGGUUUACAGAUAAAAAUCAAUGAGCUCUGGAAAAAUUUUGGUUUUAAAAAAGAUUCUGAAAAGCUUGUUUCUUAUAAAAAGCCCCUGUCUCCAGUGAAAGAUAACAUCCAGCUAACUCCGGAAGCAGAAGAGGAUAUAUUUAACAAACCUGAAUGUGCCCAUGUUCAGAGAGCAAUAUUCCAAUAAACACGGACUGCUGGGAGGCUGCUGUCCUCUGGAAGAUUAUAUCAAUUGGAACUCCUUGUUUGGAAGUGAGGCGAUUACCAGCCUGAAAGAUUUGUUCUUAGACAACAUUUUAAAACUAGAAUGUAUUUUGUAUGACGUUAACUGCAUAAUUGUUUCACUCAGCUUUUUAUAUUUUCAUAAAAAGCUAAAGAGAA